AUGGAUGAUCAACAACCGCAGGAUGAUGAAAAUGUAAUGGAAGAAGAGGAUACAUUAGUUUUGCGAAUGGAAGCCAUGAUGUUGGCCGAGGAUCAAGAAGAUCGUCUUUCUUUUGCUGACUCUGAAAGGUUUGAUGAGGAUGAUGAGCAAUAUUCUGUACAGGCAAGCGAUUCAAGUUCAAUAAGUCAUCACUGGAGAGGAUGGGACUCAUCUUUGGCCAAAGUGGGCCAAGGUUUUGUCACUAAACCUUUCCUUAUUGCUGAUAGUUCGGCACUCGAUGCUGCAGAUUUAUUGGAAGGUUGUUUUUAAAAUUUUUUUAUAUUCCAAAUAUAGUUUUAUUCGAAUUUUUUUGAUAAGAUCUGUU